AUGCCUCCUAAACGAGCUUUAGUCACAUACGCUGUGGAUGUCGACGCAUGCGCGAACUGGAUCAAUACCAGGGACGGAACUAAAAUCGGCGCAACCGAUGUAUCCAGGGGUAGUUAUGGGGCAAAUGUCGGUACCGACCGCAUGCUCAAGCUGUUUGCCGAUAAUAACAUCAAGGCUUCCUGGUACAUGCCCAGUCACACCAUCCUGUCAUUCCCUGACCAGAUGGCGAAAAUCAGAGAUGCAGGACAUGAAAUUGGUUUGCAUGGCUACACGCACGAGUUUGUGCGGUUUCUGACCGAAGAGCAAGUGAGAAAGGUCAUGGCCAAGUCCAUCGAGGUCUACCAGAAGUUCACCGGCAAGUAUCCCAAGGGAUGGGUGGCCCCUGCUUGGGAGGUCAGUCCCAAGACCAUGUCCAUCUUGGAGGACUUGGGCAUCGAGUAUGACCAUUCCAUGUUGCAUCAUGACUGCCAGCCAUACUAUGUCGCGGACGUUCCCGAUGAGUCGCUGGUGCACACCGACUACUCCAAAGAUCCGGAUACUUGGAUGGUGCCUAUGAUAGAGCACAAGCCCACCAAGGUGUUUGAGAUCCCUGGUUCAUGGAACGUGGACGACUGGCCGCCAAUGAACUACACCAGGCGUCCUGGGACGCAUGGAUUUGUCAACCCACGCGACAUCGAGGUUCAGUGGAAGGAUCAAUUUGACUUCUUCUACAGAGAGUAUGACACCUUUGUGUUCUGUGUCAGCUGUCACCCGCAGGUUAGCGGAAAGUCGAACGUCAUGUUGAUGCACGAGCGAUUCAUUGAGUAUUUGAAGACGAAGGAAGGCGUUGAGUUCGUUACCAUGGCCCAAGUUUGCGACGAGUUCAAGGCAGGAACGUUGCCAGGGGUAAACCAUGCAAGCCGGUGUUAG